AGCAAUUCACAGGAUCAUCUUUGGGGAUUACGAGCGAUUCUUGCAGUGCAGAGUUUCGCAUGGCUGUUCUUCAAAGUGUUCAAUCCGACGCUGACAAUCCCGGCACCGACGGCGACUGAACGCACCCCUCACUAUCAAAUCCUCCUCCGCAAGAUUCUUUCUCCCCUCCUCUGGGAUGAAUCCUUCAUCUUCUGCUUCUUCAUCCUGCUGUCUGCCCGUACCGUCAGCAUAUCUUUCCUCCGCGAAGUCAACUCGGCCACCUACGCUCGCUCUUUGAUCUCUCGCCCCAUCCGCAUGGGUCUUCCUCUGGCCGUCGGUCUUGCUAUUUCCUGCGCUGUCUUCAGCACAAUCAACACCCAAUACCUCGAGGACUUUGCCCGCUUGAACCAAAACCCAUACCUCAGAGCCCCCGAACGUCCUGACGGCGCACUCGCUUCUUUCAACUCGAUUUGGAAUUUGCUGUGGGUGACUAGAGAUUACUCGCUUCAAAUGGGUAAUUUGGCUUUCCCUUCUUGGACGCUUUGGGUGCCGUCGGCUAUUUACCUUCAAUCCUACACCGUGUACAUCUUCAUGGUCAUCUUGCCGUUUUCUCGUCCGGCUUGGCAUGUUAAUGGGUUGAUCAUGUUUGCCUUUGGAUCCUGGUGGUUCAAUUCUUGGGGUUGGUAUUCGGCCACUGGUUUGUUCCUCGCUGAUAUCGCUAUCAACCCUCCUCUCCGCACUGCUCUUUUCCGCGGCUGGAGCAAUUCAAGCGGCUCAGUUAGAAUGCCUUAUUGGGCUCUUGCUGCUGUGUUUGUCGCUGUGGGUACGGGAUUGAAGUAUAUGUGGACUGCAGGUCUGGAUCAAGAUUUCUGGUCUGGAGAGGCGCAUGCGCAUCCCGCUCGUUACACUGGCGGAUCAAGCUUUGGCUAUUACGAUGGCAACCAGCCUUAUCCUCGCAUGGACAACUGGCUCGUCAUCGUCGGUCUGCUCGUUCUCGUCGAAUUCAGCGAAAUCGCCAAAACCAUCUUAAGCAGCAAGAUUUUCAAACUCGUCGGAAGACGUUCGUUGAGUUAUUAUCUCACUUCUACUCUUCUCAUGUACACCGCCGGCGUCAAGAUUUUCCUUUACUGCAACGUCAGUGCUGGAUAUUCCUCCGCAUCGGCAAAAGCUGUUGCUUUCUUUGUCGUUUUGCCGUGUUCCAUUCUGGCUGGUGAGAUCUUCCACUGGGCUAUUGAUAAGCCUGCUGUUUGGGCUGGACAUGCAGUCUUCAGAUGG